GGCAAGAUAUUUUGGAUUUUGACCAGGCUUAUAAAGGCAACUAAUAAUUAAAUGAAGAGCGAUCAUAAUUAUUAAUUACUUACCAUUCUACCCACUCUUCCCCCUUCUUUCUUUGGUUUUGUUUGUCAAAUCGCCGCCAUGGUUCGUGAAGCAAGGUCCAGACAUCCCAAACAGUCUCUUUUGAAUAAUCGGAUGCUGCAUGUGGAUCGGUCGUGUUCCAAAAAGAGGCGUUUAACACAACAAAGAUGUCAUACCUCGUCUGAUCAGGAUGCUUGGGAUUUCACUGGCACACCGUAUGUUCCUGUUUAUGUUAAGCUACCGUUGGGGAUCAUUAACAUGGAGUGUGAGCUGGUUGAUCCUGAUGGCCUUAGGAAACAACUAGAAACACUCAAGUCGGUUGAUGUUGAUGGGGUAAUGGUUGAUACAUGGUGGGGAAUUGUUGAGGCCAACAAUCCCCAACAGUACAACUGGAAAGGUUACAAGCAACUCUUUUCGAUUGUGCGUGAGUUGGGUCUUAAGUUACAGGUUGUGAUGUCAUUUCAUGAAGCUCGUGAUGAUGACGUUCGUAUUCCAUUACCUAAAUGGAUUAAAAAGAUUGGUCUAGAGAACGACAAUAUCUAUUUCACAGACGGAGAUGGAAGCGUAAACACUGAAUGCCUUACUUGGGGAAUUGACGAGGAGCCUGUUUUGCGAGGCCGUACUGCUGUUGAGGUAUACUUUGAGUAUAUGCAAAGCUUUCAGGAUGAAUUUAGUGAAUUCUUCAACACUAGAAGCAUUUCCAGGAUUCAAAUUGGAUUAGGGGCUCGUGGAGAAUUGCGUUACCCGUCCAACCAUGUAAAAAAUGGUUGGAAAUAUCCUGGUAUCGGUGAAUUCCAGUGCUAUGAUGAAUACCUACGUAAGUGUCUUAAGAAAGCCGCAGAAGCAAUAGGAAUUCCAAAGUGGGGUAGCCCACCUGAUGGUGCGGGCUCUUAUAAUGACGAACCUGAGGAUACCGAUUUCUUUUGUAAAUGUGGUGAUUACAAUAGACCGUAUGGCAGAUUUUUUCUGAAUUGGUACUCCCAGUAUCUCAUUGAUCAUGGCGACAGGGUACUAACCAAGGCCAAAUUGGCCUUUGGAGAUACUCCCGUUUCUGUGAAAUUACCAGGCAUUUAUUGGUGGUACGAAACUAACAGCCAUGCAGCUGAAAUGACAGCUGGAUAUUACAACUCGGUCACCCGUGAUGGAUAUGCUCCAAUUGCUUCAAUGUUAAAGAAGCAUGAAGCUGCUUUAAACUUCACAUGUGUUGAUCUGUCUACAGUAGACGAACAAAAAGACUUUCCGGAAGCAAAGGUUGAUCCUGAAGGGUUAGUUUGCCAGGUGCUGAAUGCUGCAUGGGAUGCUGGUAUACCAGUUGCAGGUGAAAAUGCACUUCCAUGCUAUGAUAGUGAAGAGUACGACAAGAUAUUAGAACAUGUAAAACCAAGAAAUGUUCCAGGUUUUAUGCGUUUGUCUGCUUUUACCUACGAUAGGCUCAAUCAAGAUCUCCUUGAAGAAGACAACUUAAAGGAAUUUCAACUGUUUGUCAAGAGAAUGCACGGUGAGGAUGAGGAGGAUCUUUAAAACUGAAUCCAUAUUUACCGUUUAAGCUGUUUUGCAACUUACCUUUGUGUCACGGGCUAAAUAUUUGAAGGUCGGAAUGUUAUGGGUUGUGCUUGAACACUUGGGUUACUGGCUAGUCCGGGACUUUAUCCGGGACGGUCUCAACGGAUAAGGUGGACAUGCCUAGUCGUGUCUAUGCGACGAACGCACCAGAACUUAAGUUAUGAUACAGUGAUAUGCCAUAUUUAAGUUGAAAUCUUUUGAAAAUCUUGCUUUUAACGAUC